UAACAACAACGUGAAAGAGCAACACUCGCAUGUCGUUUCAGAGAGAAUUAACGUGAAAAGACAUUAAUGGCAACAGGCGUUUUUGUUCCACCUUUGCCAACCGUUAUACUGACCGUUAUCAAAAGUAUAUCAAGGACGCAUUUGGUAACUUAGGCAGCGGUUAACUUACCUGGAACACUUUCUCAGUACUAUAUACAAGCAAAACAGUUGAAAUCAAAUUGCAAGAUCUGUUGCAUAGGUAAAGAAAAUGUAUGCUUUGUCUGUAGUACAAACAUGGAAACAACUGAGGUAGGUGAAAGAAAUCCUGGAAAGAUAUUAGUUACUAAUUAUUGUUUUGCUGACAAAAGACAAGACUAACAUCAGUAAGGUUGUGCUGCAACACUUUGGAAAUAACAGCCAUCGUCGUCGCUCAAGCUUGAAUGUGAUGUGAGAUCGGUGGUGUCGUGAGGCUCAACAGAAUUCUGUACAGAGGCACGUCGCUCUUUCGUUGAACACUUGAUAACUGUCAGUGGAUUCUGAGGCCAACCCUGCAAAAAUAGUGAGGAAACAGCCAUGUCCACACCAUGGGAUUUUAAACCAUUUCACCAAGAGAUUGUGCUGUGGGUUGAGUCAGCGAGAGAAAAUAUCAGCAUUAGUCAUGUAAAGAUGAUGCCCACCUUGGAAGCUCAAGUGCAUAUCAUCAUUCUCUUCCUGCUAAUCGCUAUCCCACUUAACGGUUCCUCAGCAAGCAUCCCGGGCCCCUCCAGAAACACACCGAAUGGGCCCAUCACCAUCACCCCAACACCCAGCCCCAGAUCUCAGGGUAGAGGGUUUCUGUUCCCCCUUUCUAAAAAUGGCGAGAGUAUGCGAGUGAAGUCUAUGAAUCGUUGGCCAAAGCAGCCAACUGCAGCAGCAGAAUUGCCCCUUAGGCCGCUGCCUCAGAUAAUGCUGCCAAAGAAUGUGACUGCCAAUGCACUGAAGCCCCCACUUAGAGCAGCACAGGUAGUGCCACCUCCUCGCAAACUGGUGGAAGUGGAUGUUUGUCGGGGUUAUUAUGAUGUCAUGGGGCAAUAUGACCUCACAUUUAAUUGUUCCAAGGAUGAAUUCAUCUACUGCUGUGGGACCUGCCAUUACCGCUUUUGUUGUCAAGACCGCACUCGAAGGCUAGACCAGAACAUCUGCCACAACUACCAUUCCCCUGUGUGGGCCAAUACUGCCCCACCAGCAACCAGGUCCCCAGCACCAGCUCAUCCUGACCUCAGCCGCAUUGAGCAAAGCAACAACACGGUCUACGUCAUUGGCGGAGUUAUCUCCUUUACAGUUGCUGUGGCAGUGGCCAUUAAGGUGGCAUUCCACAAGGCAUCACGACAACCUAGGAACAGAGAACUCAACAUGCCCAGGGCUCUUGUGGAAAUGUUGCGUCACCAGUCAAGUCCAGUUCAAGAGGGAGAAAGAAACAACAGUGUAGCCCAAGGAACUGGAGGAGGAGAGGGGACACUUGGACGACCCCCCAAAAACCUCUAUCCCACACUACAGAGUAAAGAUAACCGAUUGGGGAAUCUACAGCAUAAUUUCAUCCAUACCAAAGGCUCCAGCCCCAAACAUACAGCUACCAUUGAGCGUGCACCACGUAUGAACAACAUGCAGAUUGGCACAGGUGGCACACUGAAGCCCAGUAAGCAUACUAACGCCAUGAAGCCCCAGCCUUCCUUCCAUCACUCCCUACACAACCUGGCUCAGCUGCCACCCUCUUAUGAAGCUGCCAUGAAGCCCGAGAUGAACAGAUACUCCUCUCUCAAACGUCUAGAGAAAGGAGGAUUGGAGGAUUAUUCAGGUUACUGUACCACGAAACGGAGGCCCAACAAUGUCCCUCCCUCCUUCCAUUCUUCCCAGCAUCAUCUUCCCUGGGGAGGUGACUACACACUGGGGGGACGUGGCACACUUCCCACCCAUGCCACUCGUCCUCGAAUACCUCAUCCACAGUCUGCCCCAAGCCACACACCCAAUCCUUACCCUUUGGAUCCACCAGAGACUAGGCAAAACCAGAAUUAUGAUACACUUUCCAAACCACCACGCCGUGUUAAGUCAACCGACCAGCUUCUUGCCCUCGGUGAUGGCAACACAUUAUCAAGGCUCUCCAAGAACCAGCAGCACCAAUACUACAAAGCCAUGGCCACCGCAGCAAAGAACUCCAGUAACCAGAAUACCAUGCAGAAGUCCAAGGACAGGCUGCUAAUGUCACCAGAACAUCUAGAGGAGGUUGAAUAUGGUGAAGGUGGAAGUGGGAUGGGUAUGGGUAUGGGUGACUACCCUGCAGGAGGGGGAGGUGGGAUGGUGCCCACCCUGCCCCGCGUGAGUCACCAGAAAGCUCAAUCACAGCAGAAUGUUUGUGCGACACCGGCAAUUGACCGUCAUCAUAUGAUCAAGAUGAACUCGCACCCAACAUCAGGACGAGAGCAAGAACGAAAUUCGGCAGCAAUGUCGGGUCACCUGGGAGGAGGUGGGGUUGGAGGAGUGGGAUGGGGCGACAUGCCAGGAACAGGGGUUGUCAUGGGAACAGGAACUCUUGGUGGACACAGUGCCAGGAGGCUCGCAUUUGCAGCAAAAAGGCAAAAUACCAUUGAACAACUUCACUUCAUCCCGGGUGCAGGGGGGAGUGGAGGAGGAGUGGCAACAAACCAAGGGGUUAGAACAGGAAGCAAGAAUGAGGUUACUGUGUGAGCAAGAGGCUGGAGAGGGUAGAGAGUGAAUGAAGGGGAAAAAGAGAAGACGGGUGAGGGAUAGACUGUGCAAAGAGCUGGAGGAUAGUAAAGGGACUGUGAGAGAGAGAGAGAGAGAGUAGGCGAAGAGAGAGAGAAAUAACGAGAGAAGGAGUAGGAGUAUGGUAAAGGAAUCAAGGAAACAGGACUUGAAGUGAUUGAAACAGAGCCAGAUGGCACCACAUAUUUACAAAUAUACUGUAUAUUAUAUAGUGGCAACAACAUAAAAUGAGAUUAGAUAACAGCAGUUAUAAGUCAGGUAUGAUUGAGCUUGUUGUGCUUUUUAUGUUUAUGAUAUUGCCGAUAUAAUUAUAAUCAAAGUUGCCAUAUAAUACAACUAUUUAUUUGUGUAAAGUUUGCCUAUAUCCAACUGCAUAGAAUGUCAAUAGAGUGUAAUAUAUAUUUCACAUGUGACAGAUGAACUGCAACUGACAAUUUUCAUAUAUUUGUGUCAAAUGUUUUAUAUUCUCAGAUAUUUUUUUCAUUAUUACACAUAACAGAUAUAGCUGCUAUGGGGCCAUAUAUUUCAGAGAACAGCUCUUAUCUUAUAUGGUGGAAACUGGGAGACUAACAAUUACACAAGCUUAUGUAACAUCUGCAUAAAAGGAACCAAUUGAACAAGGAGCAAUCAUUCCAAUUGAUGAAUUGUAAAGCUUCUUACAGGUGGACAAACACAAGUAGAAUCAACAGGAAAACAUUAAAAAAAGAGUUGGGAGUGCAACCGUAAUGCUGGAUCUUGCCCCUUUUUAACCCCAAUCUACCACUACAUAAUGAUGAAGAAUGGCAGGAUUGUUACAAUGAUUGUCAAAAUGAAUGAUGAUGGAACAAUUUGAGGACUGAAGAGAUUUGUUUGAAUUUCAUAAACUGACAAGAAUUAAAUUAACUUUAAUGGCUGUUGAAGACAGAGAAAGCAAGUAAUAGCCUUACCAUAAAUGUGUUUCACCUGCAUCUAACCCAGUGUGACUCAUUUAACAUGGAUGUACAAAGUGAGACUCUGUUCACUUUGUUUUGUUUUGUUGGAAUCCUGAAAAUAGUACACAACAAGAUUUAUAUUCUCAAGUUAGCCAUUCAGUAUAUAACUGGAGAUUGCUAUGAACUAUGAAUGAAAGCCAUUCUGGAACACCAUUGGGCAGAAUAGCCCAGAAGUAAACCAAGAGAAAUGUCUGACAAUCGUCUUUUUUCUCCAUUUAAAAAAAACUCAUAAUUGAUCAAUGGCACUUUGUUUGGAUUCUGAGCCACCACUUUCUACAAUGUCCAAGUGCUGGGAUUUAUAAAGGAGAUUCAUCAUAUGGGACACUGAACUACCAAAAGCACAAGAAAAAUACACUAGAUUCCUGUAAUGCUGGGUACAUACAUGCCUGUUUAUGCUCCUCUUAUGUACACUGUUUAGAAGACAAAAGGUUCUCAAUUGUGAUCACCUUAAGCUUUUGAAUGUGGAUCAGAGGAGAAAACUACACAACAUUAAGAGCACUCAAGUGUAUUUGUAUGUUAAUAUUUUUACAUAAAAUUAGUGCAUGGCAGUAUUAAGACAAACCUCUUGGACAGCUUUUUGAAUAUCCAUGUUAAAACUGCUGUUAAAACUGAGACUCCACAAUCAGUCCAAUGUUACAGGCAUGCAAAAACUGCUAACCAGAAUUUCAAAUCUACUGAGAUGUGGACACACAACACAUCAUAACUGAUAUCUUCAUAACCAAUAACGCUUAUCAUUAUUAAGGGCUAUACAACACAUAUGUGUUAGUUGUACAAAUGUUACCCACGGCUUAUUCAUUAUUACAUAAAUGAUAAUAAACUCAUAAAAGUUCAGAAAUAUAUUUAUGUAGUUAGUAAAUAUUAAAAGAAAAUGUUAAUGUGAGAUUGGUUGCAAAAGAGCCAGCCAUCAUUUAAUGGUUCUGACUUUUGAGAAAUAUAGGACUCUUGAACUUAUUUUACAAAUGAAAAAUAUUCAAUUUACAUAUUAAAAUCACUAAUUGAUCAUCUUUUUGUCAGAGACUUUAUACCGCUUGGUUAAUGUUCAGUGAAAUACAACAGUAUAAGUCACAGACUAUUUGAAUAUGUAUGACUCCCAGUAAAAGUGUUAAGGAGUAGUAUAUAUUGUAUGCAUAAGAGGAGGAUUGGUGGUAACACAUUCAUGUAACUUUUCACUGAAACUAGUGUGCAUCUUAAUGAAAACUUAAAGACAAUCUUCCUAACAGCUCUGUAAUACAUUUGUGUUUUUUAUUGUCAUUACUAUGACAAUAUUAAUAUUAUGGUUAUUGGUGAAAUCUAUUCUUGUUGUUAUGGUUAUCUUAUUAUUAUGAUAGUGAUUUUUUUCUUCUUCAGUGGUUUUAGUGCCAACUUGUUUUAGAUAUAUUUAUAAUGAAAUUAUUUUCAAAUUAUUAGUAGAAUAUAGAAGCACAAACUUUUUAGCCACUCAUUGUUUGCCAAUUCUUCAUGCAUUCCCAAUGAAGAGGAGUGCCUUCAAUUUCUCAGUGUGAUGUCAUAUUGUAAUUGUUCUAAUCCUGAAAAUGUCAUUACUUGUCACAGAGACAUCACAAUGGGUUUAUAAAUGAUGUCAUGGGAUGUAUAAUGUAUGUUUGUAAUUGAAUGUCUUAUUUUUGUUGAUUAAGUGAAAAUUCAACGUAUAAUGUUUAUUUCAGGGACAAUUAGAACAGCUGAAUCAAUUUAGAAUGUUUGUCAUAAAAAGUCUGUAGCAAAGUCUGUUCAGUUUUGUGUUCACAAGCCAUAAUUCUGACAAUGUUUAUGAAAUUUAUUCACAAGGCAUUUCAAUGCAGAAAAUAACAAACAGUGGAUGUGCAAAUAAAGCCCCAAGUCAUUUUACAAUAUUGGUUUUACAGGUUUGAGAAAGCUGCACUAAGAUCAUGUGUUUUAAAAUGUUUAUGUAGAGAAGCAGAAUGAAUGUUUGGUAUAUCACUUAAACUCAACCAUUAACCCAAUGAUGUUUACAUUGAUUUCCUACUCUAUAAAGUUGUCUCAAAUCACAAAUCUCUCUUAUACUGAAUCAUCCACUUGAUUUCCAUAUAGGUUAAAUUAGCUUUUUAUAGAAUAAAAUCAACUGAUGAAACUGUUGCAUCAAAUGUCUGAUGGCGUACAUCAAAGGAAAAUAGAAUGUUUAAACUUUGUAUAAACUUUUAAAAUCUAUAUAUAUUUUUUAUUCAUUACGUUAGCACGUGUUAAAUAAUGUUAACAAUCUCCUUGACUUUUUCCAUCAAGUAUCAGAUUGGAAAAAAAAGACUAUCCAAGGCAGCCAUUUUGAUAAGGACUGCCUUUGAAUUUGAGCUGUCUGUAUGUAAUAAAAUGGCCACUAAGGUGAAAACAUAUUACUAAAGGAAUCAUAGAAUAAAUGAACAGCUAACUCGGUAUAUAAUAUCAGGAUUACAAUCGCCGAGUUGUAAUUCGAGUUAAAUUCGUAAUCUCGGAGGUGUGCUAUUUCUAGCAAGCCAACAUAGUCAAAUUUGACAGCACUGUAAACGCUUACUUUAAUGCUAAACGCAUAUCUUCUGCAGCUGAAUGGCAAGACGAUGCAUAAAGUUAUUACAAAUCUAUAGAUAAGGAUGCUAACAUUAGAAAUGCACAAGGCAUACACAUACAACAGCGGACAGCAAGACGAGAUAGCCGGAAGUGUUCCUAGGUCCGGAAACGACCAAUGUUAAAUGCUCAACGUCACUCGUUCCUCUCUAAAACACCAACAUAGACCGUCCAAAAUAUUUUAGCCUGCAAAAAAAAGCUAACGAAAAAUAUAAGAGAGAGAAAAUCCUUCGUAAUACGGUCUGAUAUUAUUUGCACAGGACAUAUCUACGAGACUGCAUCCCGAUAUAAGAGACACUCGGUGUCAUGCAAUCGCAGCAGGGUUACAGUGCAAAUAGGGUCCGCUAACUAGCUGUAGCAAAAAGGCUAACCAUUGGAAAACAGCACGCAGAGCUGCUGGGGUACAUGAGCGAGGGGGCAGGGUGGGACAGAGUGUAGCAGGCCCUGUUCAUCUUGACCAGGCUAAAAGAUGGAUACAUAGAGAUACGCGGUUCAUUCAGAAGAUGUCAUAAUUAGAAGAAAUUCACCUCUGCCCCUGACGAUUCACACUGCACUCAGCAUCUUUUCAACACGAUACCAACAGCUGACAAUCUUAUAUAAAUGAGAAGAGGAGUAGCAGAAAAAAUAUUUUUCACAGACCUCAAGAAUGGUAGAGGAGGAUUUUGCUUCCAACUAUGGAACAAAGAAAGAUAUAUUAACUGAAACCAGGAAACAGUGAUGUAAACCACUUUUUUCAGAAGGAUUUUGAAUUAAUAGAUAUUGGUUGUAAUGAAGUCAGCCAAUGGGAACUGGAGGAAUCCAUCCUACUGUAGGAUGGUCGUGAACUGAAAAAAUGUAACCCAAGAAAGUGGAUUUAUUUUUUUAUUUGACAGAUCAAACCACAUAAAGCACUUCAAUUGCUCUUCCCAAAAUGUGAAAACGAGAUUGUUGCAGCACAUUUUCUUACCAACCCAUACGUAUUUGCCAUCUCAUGACACACUGAGACUGAAAUCUUUUGAUAUCAAAGGUUAAACAAUUCAAUAUAACUGUGAUACAAUGUGAAGCCAAAGGGGAAUUGGUUUUGGUCAUUACAUUGUGACAUCAUGAGCCAUUAAUCAUUAAAAUCACACCAAAGGCUCAAACACAAGAAUGAACUGCUUUUGUUUUUCAGAAAUUCCACAUUCAUGUUACAAUCAAUUCAAAAAUGUCCACUCAUUGCCUCACUCUCACCCUGUGACUAUUUGGGUAAAGAAUGGAACAUUGAGUGCCAACUUAAAAUAAAACUAUACCGGUAACAUAAGAAACACUGGUGAAAUGGAAGGUGAGGUGGAAGCGAGCUUGUGAGGUAUCACAGA